CAAGAAAAUAGCACGUAUUUCUACGACGUUCCCGUUUCUCUACAAAAACAGAUGACACCUUAAUCGUAAUCGAAGGUGGCGCGGUAUAUGGAAGAGUGGACGUCCGUCUGGAUAAAACCAGAAUUUAAUUAGACUGAUCUAACAACUUCCUCCAGAAUGGACAGUAAGUGGUGUGUGAUUGGUGUAGAGGGUAUGACAUGUCAGUCAUGUGUCAACACAAUACAACAACAUAUAGCAAAGAUACCUAGUGUUUUGAAUAUACAGGUCUCUCUUGAAAAUAAAGAAGCUAUUAUUACAUUCCAAGCAGAGAACAUAUCACCACGGCAACUGAGAGAUAAAAUUGACGACAUGGGUUUUGAAGCUAGCGUGAAGCAGGAUGGUGGUGGGAAUGUGAAUGUUGUAGUAAUUUCUAUAGAAGGGAUGACCUGCAACUCCUGUGUGAGAUCAAUCGAGGGUCAACUGUCAAAGGUUAAAGGGAUCGAGAAUAUAACGGUGUCACUGGACAAAAAGGAAGGAUAUGUGAAAUAUGCAUCAAAUUUUAUAUCUGCAGAUGAGAUAAGAGAUGCCGUGGACGAUAUGGGAUUUGAAGCCAGAAUUAAACAUUCCGACAGAACAAAAACUUUUACAGUACACAUCAAUGGUAUGACAUGUGGCUCUUGUGUUAAGACGAUUGAAGGAAAGAUGAGCCAAGUCGUUGGCGUGAGGAGAAUUAGCGUAUUGCUGGAGAAAAGUGAGGCCAUAAUAGAGUACGAUGUGACAAUGUCUGAUCCUGAGAAAUUGAGAGAUGCAAUCGACGACAUGGGGUUCAAAGCUACCCUCAAGGAGAGUCCAGUUCUGGCGGAAUUUGAUCCACUGAUGCAGGUGAAGUUAGAAACCAUGGAAACCGUGACAGUUGAUAUCCAAGGUAUGACCUGUAAUUCUUGUGUCAAAAGCAUAGAGGGGAAAAUAUCUGAACUCGUAGGUGUGCAAACCAUCACGGUUUCUUUAGUAAAUAAUAAUGCAGUAAUAACUUACAAUCCCGAUAAAAUAACUCCUGAGAAGUUGCAGAACCGUAUUGAUGAAAUGGGUUUUGAGGCGUCUUUGUCUUCAAAUGGGAUGUCUACUGUUGUGCUGGGAAUUGUAGGAAUGACUUGUAAUUCGUGUGUUCGGAGCAUUGAAGAGAAGAUAUCUGAACAUUCCGGAGUGAGUAACAUCAAAGUUUCCCUGCAGGAUAAAAACGCUACUGUCUUGUACGAUUCUAGACUCACUGAUGUUGGGAAGUUGAAAGAUGCGAUUGAUGAGAUGGGUUUUGAAGCUAGUUUCCCUGGAGACCGCCUCUCAAAGGCAUCUUUUCAGACCAUUACACUUGAAAUUGAAGGAAUGACUUGUAAUUCAUGCGUUAAAAACAUUGAAGGGAAAAUCUCUGAUAUCCAAGCUGUUAAAAGGAUAACUGUGUCUCUGAAAGAUAAAAAUGCUACAAUAGUUUUUGAUCCAAGUGGGACUGAUCCGGAGAGUCUCAGAGAAGCGGUCAAUGACAUGGGUUUUGAAUGCCGCUUGCCACUGGCACUUCCUCAACAGGGCAUUUUACGAACAGCAUUGAUAACCGUAAUUGGAAUGACAUGUAACUCUUGCGUGAGGUCAAUAGAAGGCAAGUUGGUGGACGUGUCUGGUGUGAACUCUAUCAGUGUAUCUCUGGAUGAAAAGAUGGCGACUAUACAGUAUAAUCCAAUGAAAGUAACAGUUGACCAAUUAGUCAAUGAGAUUGAUGAAAUGGGAUUUGAAGCAUCUGUGCCAGAUGAAGCAAAAAAAAUAGCCAAACCACCUAUAACCAGUUCAAACCAAAUUACUAGCUCCAAGUCCACCGGGGAUAAGUGGAAUGUCAAGUUCAGUGGCGAUUCUGUCAUGGCAACAGACGUAGAGGAAGGAAGUGGAAGGAUGAUGACCUGUCAUCUUCACAUAACGGGAAUGACAUGCGCUUCAUGUGUGGCCUCCAUUGAAAGAAAUUUAUCGAAGAAUAAAGGUAUAAUAUCUGUGCUUGUAGCUCUGAUGGCACAGAAGGCAGAAGUUAAAUAUGAUAGCAGUCAGCUGACACCUCAUGACAUAGCAGUGUUAAUUGAUGACAUGGGAUUUGGUGCUACUGUAUUGGAUGAGGACAACGUAUCAGACGGUGUUGUUGAACUCAUGAUUACUGGGAUGACAUGCUCCUCUUGUGUUCAUCACAUUGAAUCUGCCCUAGUGAAGGAACAAGGGAUUAGAUCUGCAUCUGUUGCCUUGGCAACCAGCCGAGGGAAAUUCAAGUUUGACCCAUCAAUAACAGGACCAAGAGACAUUAUAAAGCACAUUGAGGAUGCAGGGUUUGGGGCAACUUUGGCGAAGAACGACUCAAAAUCGAAAACAGCUGGACUACAACAAAAGGCAGAAAUAAAAAAAUGGCGCCGAUCUUUCCUGUUCUCUCUCAUAUUUGGUAUACCAGUUCUUAUUGUCGUUAUUUACUUCAGAUUGCUAUCUGAUAACAGUUCCCAUUGUAUAUUUCCUGGUGUCUCCUUGGAGAAUCUACUUUUGUUUUUUUUAUGCACACCUUGUCAGUUCAUUGGUGGUCGAUAUUUCUAUGUGCAGGCAUUGAAAGCAAUAAAACACAAGACAACCAAUAUGGACGUUCUCAUCGUCCUGGCAACCUCUGUGGCAUAUUUAUACUCAAUAACCAUUCUAGUUUUAGCGAUAAUAGAGGAAGCACAAGUCAGUCCCAAAACUUUCUUUGAUACUCCGCCAAUGCUGCUCGUCUUUGUGUCACUCGGAAGAUGGUUAGAACAUGUUGCUAAGGGUAAAACAUCUGAGGCACUUGCCAAGCUGAUGUCACUACAGGCAACUGAAGCUGUCUUAUUAAAGCACAAUGAGCUUGGUGAAGUGGUGUCAGAACAACACAUUAGCGUGGAUCUUGUACACCGUGGAGAUAUCUUGAAAGUAGUGCCCGGUGCCAAGGUUCCAGUUGAUGGUCGAGUUAUUGAAGGUACCACAACAGUAGAUGAGUCGCUUAUUACUGGGGAAUCUAUGCCAGUAGCCAAGAAAGUUGGUGCUGCUGUUAUUGGUGGAUCCAUAAACCAGAAUGGAACUAUUAUACUAGAAGCAACACAUGUAGGAAAUGACACCACGCUAUCUCAGAUUGUAAAACUGGUAGAAGAGGCACAGACAUCCAAGGCCCCAAUUCAAAGACUUGCUGAUAGGAUUGCUGCGUACUUUGUUCCUGGAAUAGUUUUAUUAUCUCUCCUGACAUUAAUGGUGCAUGUAUGCCUGGGAUACAGGAAGUAUUCUAACUUGACAGACGGUAUGAUGGUAAGCAUUAACUUGAUGCUCAAACGCCCUCUAGAGGCAAUAAACCAUAAUGAAGUAAUCUGGGAGUUUGCAUUCAGAUGUGCCAUAUCGGUAUUAUGCAUUGCUUGCCCCUGUGCUUUAGGCUUAGCCACUCCUACAGCAGUAAUGGUUGGAACUGGUGUUGGUGCAACUAAUGGGAUUUUAAUAAAGGGUGGUGAACCCCUCGAGAUGGCCCACAAGGUACAAUCGGUGAUAUUUGAUAAAACGGGUACAGUCACAGAAGGAGCACCAAAGGUUAUUGAAACCCAUCUGUUUGUUGAUAACGCAGUGUGCACACUCCGAAAAUUGCUGGCUAUUACGGGUACAGCUGAAAGUAAUAGCGAACAUCCUAUUGGUACUGCUGUUAGCAAACAUGCCAAGCAGGUGCUGAACACAGACAACCUUGGUCACUGCCAUGAUUUCCAAGCAGUACCAGGUUGCGGAAUGAGCUGUACAGUAUCCAACGUAGAAGCACUACUCAGUGACAGAGGACAAGAAAAUAUAAACCAAGGUUUGCCAUUGAAAGUUAUUGCAAAUGGCGGCAUGGUGAAUGGUACUCAUGGUGGGGAAGGUCAAGAUGCACAUGCCAGUAACACUGGCCCUGCAGUAUUAGGUCCUAGCUACGCAGUGUUGAUUGGCAACCGUGAGUGGAUGAAGCGCCAUGGUCGUGUUUCCACGGAGAUGAAUAAAGUGAUGAUAGAGCAUGAGAGCAAAGGUCAAACUGCAGUGUUAGUUUCAAUUGACAACAUUCUUGUUGGAACCAUAGCUCUUGCAGACAGCGUCAAAGAAGAAGCUGCAUUAGCAGUACACACAUUGAAGAAAAUGGGCAUAACUGUGAUAUUGUUGACGGGAGACAAUAAAAAGACUGCCAAAGCCAUUGCCGGACAGAUUGGUAUCAGUUUGGUAUUUGCCGAGGUGUUACCAUCACAUAAAGUAGACAAAGUACAGAAGUUACAGAAAAAUGGAGUUUGCGUUGCCAUGGUAGGAGACGGAAUCAACGACUCACCUGCUCUAGCUGGAGCAGAUGUAGGUAUCGCCAUAGGAACAGGAACUGAUGUUGCUGUGGAAGCAGCUGAUGUUGUACUCAUCAAGAAUAAUUUGAUAGAUGUUGUAGCUGCUAUAGAUUUAUCUAAAUGUACAGUUAAAAGGAUACAUUAUAAUUUUGGUUUUGCCAUUAUUUAUAAUUUAAUUGGUAUUCCCAUUGCUGCAGGUGUAUUGAUGCCAUUUGGUGUGAUGUUACAGCCAUGGAUGGCUGCUGGUGCCAUGGCGAUGUCAUCAGUCUCUGUGGUUACCUCAUCAUUGCUUCUCAAAUUUUACAAAAAACCUACCGCACACAAAUUGAAAACAGAUGACUUCAAGGCCUUGCAUGUUCAGCAGAAGUUCCAGGUUUCCCAUCUGAGUAGUCAACCCAGCCAUGCCAUAAACAUGGAGCUUGAAGAUAUAGAAUUGAGGACGAAGCGCAAAUCCAACGUGCUCGAGAAACUCAAAAACUUCAGUAAAACAGAGCUUGCCCAGGAUGAGAGGAGGCUGCUGGAAGAGGAUGGUGAUGAGGAAGAAUAG